CUUUUUAGCGCGUAAGUUCGUAUAUGCCAGUCUAAUAAUCUGAACUAUUACGCACAGCUCCAAACAGUUCAAACUGUUGCAAGCACUUUCAAUUAGUUUUCAGGUGGUCUAUUCAUUCAGGGACUCGUUACUGCUGUCUUUAUCCGACAAUUCGACCACUUGCAGGCUGAAUCACGUGUAGCAGAGAUAACAACUUUGCAUACCCGUGAUUUGUUUUGGGAACUAUUGCGUUCUCCGAAUUGGAGUGACCUUUCCUCCUAUAAUCAUAGAAACUUGUGCGCACGUGGCGAUAAGGCAAUAACAUGGUAUGGUGGACAGGACAUGAAUUUCGUCAACAGGUUACGCGUAUUUUUGUGGAUAAUAUUUUUUAAGUUUUCAGUGCUGCUUGGCUCCCUCACACUGACUCUCGCGUGAGGUGACUUAAUUUUUUCCUUCUUGAUAAGGUGACAAGUUGUUCCUUGAUGCCGAUCGACGGCUGUUGCUAUUUAAAUUGGCCAUUUUAUGAAGACGCGUGCACAUGCGACUGAUAUGUAAUGACAAGUUUCUAGCCGUGUAAAGCAGAGUUUUACAUAUCUGAUAGAAAUGGAGUUGCAGUCAUCGACGUCUGCGAAGUCUGGGUACUUGAGAUUUAUGGCGAUCAGCGGCAGAACUCAAGUUGAUUGGAAAAACACAAGGCGACGCUGGUUCUCGGUAAAAGAUGACUGCUUGUUAUUGCAUUCUAGUAAAAAGGAAUACAUUGACAUUAUAGGAGAAUAUAUUCAUCUGGGCAUUUUGUACUCUAUAGAGCGCCCGUACGAGCAGUGUAGCUACUUCAUUGUUCUCCCAAAAAAUAGGCGAUUUGCCUUCUACUUUGAUGCUGAGACGCCAGAGGAAUGCAGUUCUUGGAUUCAUAUUUUUCAGAAAUUAAUUCCAUUAGCAAGAAAGAAAAUGAAGAACCAGCAAAAGAAAAAUAAUGUCCAAGUAUAUUCAGGAGGUAGUAAGGCCAAAAGGCUCAUGUCGGUUGACUUUGACUAUGAACUGAAAAAUUCGGAAGAAAACUCGUGUGAGAGAGCUGUUUACACGUUGGUCGUUCGUAUUUGUGAGGCUCGUCUUUAUAAGACGGAUUUAGUGCGGGAUUCUUUGUUUGUGACUUUGGAUGUAGAUGGGAUUCACAACCGCACUCGCUCUGUCGUGAAAUCUGAAAAUCCCCUUUGGGUGGAACAGUUUUCUAUGAAGCUCAGAAACCCGGAGAUAUCUGUUGUUCAUGUGACUAUAUGGUAUGAGCAUAGCAUGAAGGAGUAUGCAAUUGGAAAGUGCGACAUUCCGGCGAACGGUAUUAAGCGUAAUACACCUAUCGAGCAGUGGUACGAUGUUUUUCGAGCGGCGUCGAGUCAAUACGUCAGUGGUCAGAUACAUGUAAAAAUAAAUUCCAUAUAUUCGUCUCAGAGCCGAGUGAUUACGCUAUGGGUUGUGGAAGGGCGUAACUUGCCCCUUCGUACGCUCGCUUCGUCGGAGGUGUAUGCGAAGGUGUCGUUUAACAAGCAGACGGUCAAGACGAAGUCGGUACGAACAUCGGAUCGGACUGGUGGAAAGAUGGACGAUCCGCUUGUGCUCACCUGCAGUGAGGCGGAGUGGAACGAAGAGUUCGACUUGAAGUUGGCGAUCGAGGGCGAGAGCCCCACUACGCUUAACAACCAGAUUUUGAUUCAAAUUUACAAGACAACGAUAACGGGAGCGGCUGAGAUUGGUCAAGUGUCGAUUGAUUACAACGACGUGGCCAACCGGUUUUACGACGAGUGGAUUGAUUUGUGCCUGUGCAAUUCGGACAGUUCCAAAGCGGCGAAAUAUACGUCGAUGUCUAGAGACCGAGUGGGGGUCAUCCGUUUAUACACACAGCUUAAUCAGUCGGUUAUAUAUUCGAUACAGUAUUACAAAGAAUUACUUGAUUAUUUGCUGGAGAGCGAGCAGACGUGCAUGUCUGUCGUUAAGAUUUUGGAGUGCAUGAUGGUCAAUUCUGAUAAUCGCGGUGACUUGGCUCUGCACUUGAUCAACAUCUAUGAAUCCAAGAACAAAAUAGCUGUAAUUUUGAAGACUUUAUUGACGAACGAAAUUCAAAAUUCUAGCGAUGUCGAGACGCUGUUUCGAGCCAACUCGCUGGCGAGCAAAGCGGUGGAUUGCUACAUGAAGAUUGUUGGGCAUCAAUAUCUGCAAUACUGCGUGCAAGAUACGGUGGACAUUAUUUACAAGAAAGCGGGGAAAUUGUCGUUCGAACCGGAGAAGGGAAAGGCUGACCGAGACGAAUCGAAGUAUUGGCACAAACUCACUAAGCACAUGGACGCGUUAUUGUUCAGGAUUUAUGCGAGCGCUGACAAAUGUCCGGCCACGCUGCGGGAUGUCUUUCACCACAUUCAAGUCGAGACGGAGAAAAAAUUUGCUGAUCCAAGAGUGCGAUACACAUCUGUAUCAGGUUUUUUGUUUUUGAGAUUCAUCGUUGCGGCCAUAUUGGGACCGAAGCUCUUCAACCUAGCGUCAGAUUACCCAUCCACCAAGGUUUUGGCCAACCUGACAGCUGUUUCUCGGAUACUGCAGAAGAUUGCCAAUUUCACACCGUUUGAUUUUUCUCGAAAGGGCAACCAUCUCGAGCGCGAGGUGUAUAUUGAGAACAAGAGGGAAUUGAUGAAGGUGUUUUUGGAUGAGAUAUGCAGGCCUGAGGUCGAGAAUGAUAUGUUCGAUCCCACUCCGGUGGAUUUGCCGGAAGAUCUUGCUUACCUGCAAUAUUUGUUCGAGCAGAAUAUUGAAAAGCUGGAUAUGUUGGUGAGGGACGCGCAGAAUCCGAUUCACCCUCAAGUAGUUAGAUUGGUUGAAAUUUUAGACAGGAUGGCCAUGGCGACGCCCAAUCCCAGAACAGCAUUAUUGGUGAAAAAUGAGCGCUCUGAGUUAGUUCCUAAUCCGGAAUUUAGAAUUACGUGUUCCGGCGACAGAAUUGGUCUUGGUCGGUACUUGUCUGACGAUUCCACUACAGGGUGGUCCGUGCUUGAGCGUUCUUUCGAUUCUUCAAGCACUCCAGACAUGAUGGACAGCGGACUGAGUGUUAGCAGCAUACCGAGCGUUCCCAGGGAUUGGCCUGGUGCCGUCACUGAAAGAGGCACUAGCGUCAACCGCUCGGACGCACCUCAGGUCGCUUUUAACGUUCAGAGUCCCCUGAAGAAUGUUGGCCACGCUCCCAUUCAGUGCAAGGACGGAUCCUAUAGGCACAGUGCAUUCAUCGACCAGAGUCACGCGACGAGCGAUUCUCGCUCACAAUAGCGCGGAUUUAAGUUUUUUUGGCGGCUGAGAGGGGAAACGCGAUAUUGUUUGGCCGUUCUUUUGUGUACUCCUUAUUCAUUUGUGGGUCAGACGUCUCGAAUUGGAGAGAUGAAAACACGCCUUCCCGUUGUAAAUUAAUAUUUUUGGGUGUGCUUAA